AUGGCGGCGGAGUCGGCGCUCCAAGUUGUGGAGAAGCUGCAGGCGCGGCUGGCCGCGAACCCGGACCCGAAGAAGCUCUUAAAAUAUUUGAGGAAACUCUCCGCCUUGCCUAUUACAGUAGACAUUCUUGUGGAGACCGGCGUUGGGAAGACAGUAAAUAGCUUACGAAAACACGAGCAUGUGGGAAGCUUUGCCAGGGACCUGGUGGCCCAGUGGAAGAAGCUGGUACCUGUGGAGCGAAACAUUGACCCUGAUGAGCAGGACUGUGAGAAGAAUGAUUCCCGAAAGCGCCCCAGGGACGCCCUUCAGAAGGAGGAGGAGGAGGAGGUAGAGGCGGACUAUCAAGAAAACUGGAAAGCCUCCAGUAGCCAACAAUACAGUCCUGAUCACAGACAGAAAAAACACAGGAAACUCUCGGAGUUCGAAAGACCUCACAAAGUGUCUCACAGUCAGGAGCGACGAGAGGAGCGAAAGAGGGGCCACAGGGCUUCCCCAGUUUACUCUUCAGACCAUGAAUCUUCCGAUUAUGGCCACGUUCAGUCCCCUCCAUCGUCCGGCAGUCCUCAUCAGAUGUCCGCGGACCAUUACAGAUCCCCAGACGAGGAUCACGAGCCCUUUGUUCCCCAACAGAAGCCUGGAAAGGGCCACAGCAAUGCCUUUCAGGACAGACUUGGGGCCAGCCAGGAAAGACACCUGGGUGAGCCCCGGGGGAAAGGGGUUGUGAGUCAGAACAAGGAGCACAAAUCUUCCCAUAAAGAGAAACGUCCCGUGGAUGCCAGGGGAGAGGAGAAGUCGCCUUUGAACAGAGAAAAAUCCCACAAGGCCAUCUCCAAAGAGGAAACCCGCAGGCCCCUCUCGGGGGAUGGCACAAAGGAGAAAGCGCCCUCUAGUGGUAGCAAGAAAGAGAAGGACCGAGAGGGCAGCUCCAAGAAGUCUCUAUCCCCCUUGGAGACUGCCUCAGACAACCACCGCAAAAAGCAAAAGCACAAAGACGCAGAGAAAGCCAAGUCAGACAAAAACAAGCAGAGUCUAGACAGCUUGGACAGAGGAAAGGGGGCCGGAGACCUGCCGCCCAAGGCAAAAGAGAAGGUUUCUAACAACCUCAAGACUCACGAAGGGAAAGGGAAGACUCAUUCGGACAGGAAGUCAGGGGGCUCCCUCCCUCGAGUUGAGGAGACAGAUAUGGACGAUGAAUUUGAGCAGCCCACCAUGUCUUUUGAGUCUUACCUCAGCUAUGACCAGCCCCGGAAGAAAAAGAAAAAGGUUGUGAAAACCUCAACUGCGACUGCUGGGGAAAAAGCACUGAAAAAAAAAGAUCCGAAAAGCACUAGUAAAAGCAUGGACACAGUUCAGAAGUCGCCUAAGGUGAACGAAAACAAGUCAGAGAAGCACCAGGCGGCAGGAGCCGAAGCAGCCAAGCCAAGAAAGGUCCCCACCGAUGUCCUGCCAGUGUUGCCAGACCUCCCAUUACCUGUGAUACAGGCCAAUUACCGGCCACUUCCUUCCCUCGAUUUGAUAGCCUCCUUCCAACCAAAGCGAAAAGCACACUCUUCCCAGGAAGAGGAUGAAGCCGGAUUCACUGGACGGAGAAUGAAUUCUAAGAUGCAGGUGUACUCUGGUUCCAAGUGUGCCUAUCUCCCCAAAAUGAUGACCUUGCACCAGCAGUGCAUCCGGGUUCUUAAAAACAACAUUGAUUCAAUCUUUGAAGUGGGAGGCGUCCCGUAUUCUCUUCUUGAACCUGUUCUGGAGAGGUGUACGCCUGAUCAGCUGUAUCGCAUAGAGGAAUACAAUCAUGUAUUAAUUGAAGAAACAGAUAAAUUAUGGAAAGUUCAUUGUCACCGAGACUUCAAGGAAGAAAGGCCAGAAGAGUAUGAGUCCUGGCGGGAGAUGUACUUGAGGCUUCAGGAUGCCCGAGAGCAGCGGCUACAACUAUUGACAAAGAAUAUCCGAUCUGCACAUGCCAAUAAGCCCAAAGGCCGACAGGCAAAGAUGGCCUUUGUCCACUCUGUAGCCAAACCACCUCGUGAUGUUCGAAGGAGGCAGGAGAAGUUUGGAACAGGAGGAGCAGCUGUGCCCGAGAAAAUCAGGAUUAAGCCAGCCCCGUACCCCAUAGGAAGUAGCCAAGUUCCGUCCAACAGCGGCAGCAGCAACAGCUUUCCUGCCAGCCCCGAAGAACCCGCCUACGACGGCCCCAGCACCAGCAGUGCCCACUUGGCGCCUGUGGUCAGCGUUGUUUCCUACGACCCUAGGAAGCCGACUGUGAAGAAAAUUGCCCCCAUGAUGGCUAAGACAAUUAAAGCUUUCAAGAACAGAUUCUCCCGACGAUAA